GCUGGGGGCGCAACGGGAGUCUGAGGGCGGGGGCGCGACGCGUUCACGGCUUUGCUAAUUUUAGCGGCCGCGGGAGCUCGAGACUCCGCGGCACGCUUCUUACCCUUCUGUACCAGGGUGAAUCCAUCCGUCGAUGAGGCGGGGGCGAGGUCAACCUCCAUGUCCGAGUCAGAGUCGGAGCACGAGGAGGCGGGUGCAGGCGACCUACGAGCAAGUGUAGGUGUUUUAGAGGGCGCGACGGAGGCCGCGGAUGAUCGCUCAGCUGAAACGAUGGUCACGGCGGACGACGCAGCAGCUUUUCUCGCCAGUAUAGGCGACACGGGAGCGGCAGGCACGACAGAGGCUGCGGUGCUCAAUGCAGAAGCUCUGCACGCAGGUACAGGCGACGCAGGAGCAGCGAGCGCGGCGGAGUCCUCGAGAGGGCUCGCAGUGUGAUUGGCCUUGAAGGCCAAAAACUCCGAGGCGAGCUGUGGGUGGCGAAGUCGGAGGAAUUCCGCGAAUACAGCGUCCAUGAUUGCUGAGUACCCAGGUGGGGCGGCCCCGGGUCUUGAAAACACUCGCCUUGUGGCGAGGCCCCAACUUCUCGGACCUGAGCGGUUCUAUUGAACACAGGUGGCAAUGCGGCGCGAUUACUACAGGACAAAGAAAAAGCACAACAAAACAGAAAUUACGAAAAGAAACAAAACAAAUAAAUACUUGCAGGAAACCACUUUGUCGGCAGAUGUACCACGAACACAGAAACAACAAAAGGAAACAAAACAAAUAAAAACUUCCAGAAAGAGCACUUAGUCGGCAGAUGUGCCACAAACACAGGCCGCGCGAACAAUGGCCGGGCUAACAAAAGCCGGGCGAACAAAGACCGGGCGAUCGAGUGGACGAUGAGCACGUCCGCACGUGACGGGUGCCUCUAUCGGAAUGACGUAUAUAAGAACUACGUGGACUCAAGAACUAGUUUGGAUGGUGGCUAAUGACCUAGAUUAUGAAAAAUCAGCUGCAGUGCCGCUUACCCAGAGAUACCCAUUUUUAGAGUUUUCAAUAUGCGUCCAUCCCGUCAUGAAGAAAAAAUUCACGGAAGAGAAUAGUUACAGCGAGGACAAACUGAAGCUUUUAGAAGAUGUCAUCCAACCCGGGACUGAUCAACUAGCUUCUAUGCCUUCGCCUCGCUUCAUAAAGACACAUCUGCCACUAUCUCUGUUACCUCCUGAUCUGUUAGAAACAGCAAAGAUGGUUUAUGUGGCCCGGGACCCGAGGGAUGUAGUGGUAUCGUUCUAUCACCUCAACAGAUUGAUCAGAACUCAAGGCUACAUUGGAGAUUUCAAAACUUAUUGGCACUACUUUAUUAAUGAUUUACAUCACUGGACUCCGUACUUUGAACACUUAAAAGAAGCAUGGGAGAAAAGACAUCAUCCAAAUCUUCUAUUUUUGUUUUACGAAGAACUCUCCAAAGACUUGCAGAAGACAGUUCGUCGAGUGUCACAAUUUUUCAAUAAGGAUUAUACGAUGGACGAGAUAAUUAAAUUGUGCGAACACCUCAGUAUCAUGAACUUUAAAAAUAACAAAUCCGUAAACUUCAACGUGAUGGCAGAACUCGGCGUGACUAUAACAGGGGAGCAAUCCUUCAUACGAAAAGGUAAGGCCGGUGGCUGGAGAGACUAUUUUGACGAAGAAAUGACUAAAGAAGCAGAGAGCUGGAUGCAAAACAAUCUGCGCGACACCGACCUACGAUUCCCGCACUUAGAAGAUUUCUAAAUAUUACAGGAUACAUCAAACCUAAGUUAUGAAAUUUUAAUAAAAGGUGAAAGUUGGGUGA